AUGGUAUCUCAUCGCUGCCACCUUUUCUUCCUACUUCUCCUACUAAAUACUUUUAUUCUACCAUCUUUUGCUCAACAGAGCGGAUUAUAUUGUGAUAUCGAUAACCCAUGUGAGAUCGGAUGCUGUUCGAAGUUUGGAUCGUGCGGUUUCGGUCCUAGUUGGUGCGGUCCCCAAAACUGCGUCAAUAACUGUAAUGCAAAAGCAGAAUGCGGCGAGUAUGCCGCGAGGCCGGGACAAAACUGCCCUCUAAACGUCUGCUGUUCGAAAUGGGGUUUUUGUGGUGUGACAUCUGAAUUUUGCAACAGCGACUGCCAGUCCAAUUGCAAAGCUCCGAGCCCACCCCAGUGCGGUGUAAGCGACUCUUCUUGGACAAAGCGCCGUAUUGGCUACUAUGAGACAUGGAAGGCCGCUUCGGACUGCGAUGGCUUUCCACCGGAAAAGAUACCAUCGCAAGCAUUCACACAUAUAAACGUUGCUUUUGCGGAAAUAUCUGCAGAUUUCAAAUUGACAUUCAAUGAUCUCCCUCUUAUCGGGCGAAUUGGAAGACUGAAAGCCAGGAGCCCUGCUCUGAAUAUCUUUAUCAGUGUAGGCGGUUGGGGCUUUUCAGACCCGGGCCCAACCCAAACGAGAUGGUCGGACAUGGCGUCGACAAGCGCUUCUCGAGCCGUAUUCAUCAGGAGCGUUAUGGACUUCCUUGAACUUGCUGAUUUCGACGGAGUUGACUUAGAUUGGGAGUACCCGGGAGCCGAUGAUAGAGGGGGAAAGUCAGCGGAUUUCGAAAAUUAUGUUUCUCUCGUAAGAGAGAUGAGGAUUGCAUUUUCUAUGCGUAAUCCAGGAUGGGAUAUUACUAUGGCCAUACCUACAAGUUAUUGGUACCUCAGACAUUUUGACGUCAAGGGCCUGCAAAGUCAUUUAUCAUGGUUCAACCUCAUGUCCUACGAUCUCCACGGACUCUGGGAUGCAGAAAAUCCUUAUAUCGGUCCAUAUGUAUACGGGCACACCAACCUUACCGAGAUUGGAGCGGCACUCGACCUCCUUCUGCGGAACGAUGUCAAGAUGCAAAAUGUUGUGAUGGGUAUGGGAUUCUACGGAAGGAGCUAUACCUUAUCUGAUAUCUCGUGCUAUAAGCCUGGCUGUGUGUUCCUUGAUGGCGGCGUUCCUGGCGAAUGUUCCAAGACAUCUGGUGUCCUAACUUAUCGAGAAAUCCAAGCCCGGAAACAUCGCUUAAACGACCUCCGCGAGUACUAUGAUGGUGACGAGACAGGAGUCAAAUACAUGGUAUACGACGGCGACCAGUGGAUCUCCUACGACGACGAAGAUACGUUUGAAGCAAAAAGAAAGUUCAUGAGUAAAAAUUGUAUGGGGGGUGUUAUGAUUUGGGCUAUAGAUCAAGAUACCGAAGACUUCAGCGCAUUGAGUGCUCUCAUCGGGGAGGAUUUCCUUGGAAGUGGGCUAUUAGACGGUGGCCCACUUACCAAUCGUGAAAAGAAACUGAUACGUCGAGAGUUUAGUGGCUUUACCGGAGAUGACUGCUACAUCACCCGACAGUGCACCGGGAUAGGUGUACUUGAUAAUGCAUUCAACACUUGCAAAGCCGGCUAUGUUGCAAUUGAGAGGGUACAUAGUCCUCCCUUUGACACCUCUGACCCCCUUAGUCAGGAGAAUAUGCCAUGUAGCUUUGGUCAAUAUAAGUCCAUUUGCUGCAAUGUGGAAAGUCCGCCACAAAGUUGUAUCUGGAAGGGCGGUCCAGGCCCAAUGACUCCAGCCUCAUGCUUCGGAGGGAAAGGUGAUGCAACAUGUGGGCAGAACCAGUACGAAUUGACCACCGAUUCACACACCGACUCUUUUGGUCUUUUACCUUGCGCAAACGGGAAACGUUCUCUAUGUUGCGAUAAGAGCCCAGCGCUGAAUCAAUGCCACUGGACCGAUUGUAUCCCCAUUGAACAAACUGUCGACCCUAGCGUUAACCUCUGCAAUCGAGGAAGACCCCCAAACGGCUUCGGAAAGGUUUAUACUACUUGGCGCGGCGAUCAAGACAAUGGUGCUCGUUGCCCUGAUUGGAGUGCCCGGAUAUUCUGCUGUCCGGCGAAGAAUACAUAUCGCAACUGCCAAUGGAAGCCGACCUCGAUGAAUUCAAAUUCGGAUUCUAUCAACCCGUCUUCUACUGCCGUUCAAUUCGGCUCUAUGGCACAAUGUUACGAUAGGUUGUGCCCGGACACACAAUUAACAAUUACUAGAGCGCAACUCCCAGAGAGGAUGCCAAAUUAUUUAGCUGCUUGCUACCCAUACGAUGCAACCAUAAAGCAUAAAUAUUGCUGCGAUCCUCCAUGGGAUGAGAACUUACCAGUCGACCCUAAAUAUCUCUGGGCAAACCCCUCAGGCGAGGAAAACUUAUACUCUUAUCAAGAGAACUAUGGGAAUAAUGACCACAGAGGGUGGCCUGGGGAUACGGACCCCGGUGAUGAUCCUUAUGGGUUCAUCAUGUUAGACGGACCUGAAGAUGCUCUGCAAUCUCAAUUCCCUGACGAUUUCGAAAUAAUUCAUAAGGACGAUGCCGACCCUGCGAAACUCAAGAAAAGAAGUUCUCUGCUCACAGAGGAUAAAGAAACCUUAGAUAACACAUUUACGCACGAAGAGAGUACCCACCUAGUUUAUUGUAAGGUCGGCCGUACGGAUAGCUGCAAGAGGAUCUUUAAAAAUGCUGCCGCUGAUACCAUUAUCAAACUACCGAACCACAUUGGCUCUGGUCCAUUUGCGCGAGUAGUGUCUAUGGAGGAGGUCAUAGACGAGGAUAUUCCAGCACAUCACAAGAUGAAACGUUCGAAUGAAAACAACAACCAUACAAUAUACAAGUUGACUUUUGAUUAUGCGUUUCACCUGAUCAAGCGAGAUACCACGGUUCACAUGCGCAUGGAUUAUACAAAUCUCGUUCGCUAUUGGGAUGAAAUUACCGAUGAACCUGGACCUUCUAAAAAAAAACGUUGGUGGGGUCCUUUCGGAGAAUGGCUUCAGCGAUUGAAUACUGUGGAAGGGAAAGACGUUGGAAAACUGCCCAUGCACUACGAGAAAAGCAUGUUACUAUAUCGAUCCCAAAAGGGUUGUCCGAGAGGGAAGAGUCUCUUGCGGGCUAGUCUUGACAUAACAGCAAAUGUGAAGUUCGAUAUGAAUGCGAGGUGGGCAUACUACUUAACUGGUACAAUCGUUCCUCUGAAGUUAGAUGAGACCUAUGCAUACUUCUCGGUUGCGCCCGACGCCGAACUGAGCCUGGAGAUCCUGGGAAACGCUGAACUUAAGUACCCAGAGAAAAGAGUUAAGAUUAUUGACACCUUAUCGUACCCGGGACUUUCAGUAAAGGGAAUUGCCGCGGUGGGGCCAACACUAGAUUUGUGGGGCUCAAUGGCAGGCAAGUUGACGAUAUCAGGAAAGCUUAAGGCUGGGACGAAGAUAAAACUCCCUCAGUACGAGAUGUACUAUCCCAUGGAUCAAACUGCUGCGCCAUAUGAGAAGUUUGGGAUGGACGCCCAACAGGUCCAACGUGCCGAAGGAAUUACUCCCUUACUAGAGGCUGGUGUAUCGGCGGAAGCGGAUCUUGACAUUUCAUUAGUACCCGAGAUCAAUCUCGGAAUUCAAUUCGGCCUCAAAGGAGGCACAAAGAUCGUAGAUGCGCAAAUUGUCGGAUUUAUGAAUAAUACCGUGAACUUUAACUUAAAAGUGCAGGCACAGGGCGGUAUUGGAAGUGGUGGCUCCGCUUCAUAUGACUUCGUGGUCAGCUACUUUUAUAACUUUGGGUUUGGGGGACGUGCAAGCUUCAUUGGUUUUUUCAACUGGGUUAUGAGAGCGCGGCAACUAUUCCCCGGACGAGGGAAGCAAGUUAUUCUCUAUGAAAAACACGGCGCUAUCUCAACGCCACAGAGUAGGAGAUCACUACCUGAACCAAUCGAGAACGCCACAUUUGGGAUCUUAGAUGGUGUAGGAACGGACUUCUUAGGAAAGCGAGACCUUGUAAAGAGAGUCGGGUGGGAAGAUGUCGCAUCCUUUGCUAAAGGGUUAUUGGAUUGCAACGACGGUGGCCGGUGCGCUGGCGGUGGUUGUACUAACGGAGCAUGUGAUCUUCAGUCAUCCCCGAGGUCUAAACGGUCUCUAGUAUCUAAGAGGGCCGACGAGGAGCCAGAGGAGCCACUACCUUUGGAAGUGUGUGACACAUCAGUGCCGAACAUUUACUGGAACUGUAAAUACUUCGAAGACCACAUCGUCACCCCAAGGCCAGGAUUACAGAGUGACCCACAAUGGUCCUACUUUGGAGUUUGCCAUAACAUGCGCAAUGGUUUUGCAGUAUUAAACGCCGGAUUGACCGUAACACUAAAUAUGGAAGGGACUAAAAGAGAUGGACAAAACCGCAGAGAUCAAAUGUGUGGGAAGUAUGGUUCAUAUCACCCAAACCAGGACCUAAGCCUCACAGCCUUCCCUGGUGAAAACGACCGGAUACAGGGUGCCAAUGAUGACCAAUCCAAUAAUCUGGUGUGGGCCCAGCAUUGUAAAGCGGAAUCCUCGAGGCUUAAUAGCUUCAAAUUCGGGGCGGGGGAAUGGCCCUUAACGGGUAACGAAAAUUGGUUAACCUGCGAUGAGUUUCCAUUUGCUUCAACAAUAGAGGGAGGAAACCCGGCACAGGGAGUAAGAGCAUGCACGCCAGGGUAUCAACAAGGGUACCAGAGCGUCCUCAUCGGGAACUUCGGCCUCUGGAUGAACGAAAGAGUGAGUUGGAAGAAUGAAGAUGGUACUAAUGAGGAAACCUGGGUUGAGUGGAUAAAGUGGGAUCACCCGCUGCAUAGAGAUGAGCCGGUUUACAAGUGGCUUCAGAGUCAAGGCAAACGCAGAACUUUUGCAGUUGGAAUUUUUGACAGCGCCCAUGGCCCACCCCAGGGUAUGGCGAUAGACUCCUCUGGUUCGGACACGACAGAUUGGAAUAACAUCGUUGCCGUGAUAAACUUAAGGGGAAAUAGCCAGUAUAGAUUAGGGGCACAAGGAACAAUUAAAAAAAAUGCGAUGUGUGUGGAUCACGAUGCAGAUACCAUCCCGACCCCUUGGGGAGACAAACCUAAUAUCAAAAGUUGUCGGGUGAGAUUCGUGGGGGAUGUCAAUUGA